UCUCUCUCUUUCUCCGUCUUUCUCUCUCUCUCCGUCCGAAAAGCCGAAAGCUGUUGGCUCGCGCGCUCUGUCUAAUUAUUCCACUCUCGCGCAGCACCGAGCGGACUGCUACACGCUCCGCACCACUUUUCCAUCUCUUCCCCUCCGCACUGCGAUACCGCGAGGUGACGGCUCUCCUGGCGGACACUAACUAACCCAAACACCUGGACAGAGCUUCCAUCGGGGGGGACGGUAACGUGUUUAGAGGUGCCUCGAGCAGACGACAAAUGCUGGAGACCCGCGGCCAGUGCCCCCAGACCCGACGGGGAGGGAGACACACAGAGCAGUGAUGGGACAGUUUUCGGGAGGAUGCUACCUGAGUUUCGGCAUCCUCGUGCUUCUCGGUUUGCACGCCCCGGCCACGUUAGCAAGAGGUCCCCGAGGUGAGGCCCUGCAGCAUGGCCAGUCUGGGACGCUGCCGCACUUCCUGGAGGAGCCUGUGGACGCUUACAUCGUCAAGAGUAACCCCAUCAAGCUCCGCUGCCAAGCUCGGCCUGCUCUACAGAUCUUUUUCAAGUGCAAUGGCGAAUGGGUCCACCAGAGCCAGCACAUGUCUCAGGAGCACACUGACCUGGGGACAGGGCUAAAGAUCCGCGAGGUGAUGAUCAACGUGUCACGUCAGCAGGUGGAGGACUUCCAUGGCCCGGAGGAUUACUGGUGUCUGUGUGUCGCCUGGAGCCACCUGGGAACCUCCAAGAGCCGCAAGGCAACUGUCCGGAUCGCCUACCUGAGGAAGAACUUUGAGCAGGACCCCCAAGGCACCGAGGUGCCUCUGAAUGGCAUGAUUGUGUUGCACUGUCGUCCCCCAGAGGGAGUGCCUGUGGCUGAGGUUGAAUGGCUGAAAAAUGAAGAACUUCUGAACUCUGAUGGUGCUGUUGAUACAAGAGGUGACCACAAUCUGAUCAUCUCAGAAGCCCGUCUCUCUGAUUCCGGAAACUAUACCUGUGUUGCCAGCAACAUUGUGGCAAAAAGACGCAGUGCCACAGCCACUGUUGUAGUCUAUGUGAAUGGAGGCUGGUCGUCGUGGACAGACUGGUCUCCCUGUAAUGUACGCUGUGGUCGCGGUGUGCAGAAACGUUCUCGCACUUGCACAAAUCCAGCUCCUCUCAAUGGGGGAGCCUUCUGUGAGGGCAUGUCGGUACAGAAGAGCACCUGCAACACACUGUGCCCAGUGGAUGGUGGCUGGGGAGAGUGGAGCGAGUGGUCAGUUUGCAGCUCAGACUGUGAGAGGCAACGCAGCAGAGAGUGCACUGCUCCGGAGCCCAAACACGGGGGUCGGCUGUGUGACGGGGUGGCGCUGGCCAUGGUCAACUGCACCGGCGGCCUCUGCACACAGAAUCGAAAGUUGCUACAUGAUCCUAAGCCACAGGGUGUGGAGAGCAGCAGUGAUGUGGCCUUGUAUUCAGGCCUUGCUGCGGGGGUGGUGACAGUGGUGCUGCUGAUCAUUGCUGUCACUCUUUACCGAAGGAGCCAGAGUGAGUACGGUGUUGAUGUCAUCGACUCCUCCGCCCUCACUGGGGGCUUUCAGUCCUUCAGCUUCAAGACCUCUCGACAAGCAAACCCCCUGCUUAUUAAUUCAUCCAUGCAACCUGAUCUAACAGUGUCGCGUACCUACACCAGCCCCAUGUGUUUCCAGGACUCUAUUGACAAGGAGCUGAUGGCCGAGCGCUCACUCCUUGACCCGCUGCCUGAUCUCAAGGUUAAAGGGGUGGCAGAGAGGGCAGAGUACCAUGUCAUGUCCCACCCUCAGACAUUUCCAAGGGGCCUGGCUCCAGACUACAGAGGGGUUGCAGUAGGGACGACGCUGGGCAGAAGAGGCAAGAAUCUCUUCCCUCCACAAGUCUCUUUGACUCCCAGUAGGCCUCUCCACAAAGCAACUGCUGUGUUUGGUCAUGCUGGAGGCAGGCUGGUAGUACCUAACACAGGUAUCAGUCUGCUGGUGCCUCACGGGGGGAUCGCAGAAGACACUACCUGGGAAAUGUACAUGAUCAUCAACCAGGAGGACAGCAGUACGGUGUCCGAGGAUGGGCCAGAGAUCUUCUUAAGUCCUGCAGUCACGUAUGGCCCACCGGGCCUUGACCUGUCCUGUCCCAUAGCCAUGACAAUAGCCCAUUGUGCAGAGGUCGCUGCUGAUAAUUGGACCAUCCGCUUAAAGAGACAAAUGCAGGACAACAAGUGGGAGGAAGUGAUGUCUGUGGACGAGGAGAGCACGUCCUGCUACUGUCUGCUGGACGCUCAGAGGUGCCACGUGCUGUUGGAGCAUCCAGGCCGCUAUGCCCUUGUGGGGGAGCCGCUGAACCACCAGGCGGCCAAGCGGCUGAGGCUGGCUGUGUUUGGCAGUCCAGAUACCAGCAACUCUCUGGGCUUCACCCUCAGGGUCUACUGUGUGGACGACACACCCCAUGCAUUUCAGGAGGUGGCAGUGGGCGAGCGCAGCAGGGGCGGGCGGCUGCUGGAGGAGCCUAAAAUGAUGCUGUUCCGGAGCAACACUUUCAGCCUCCAGGUGUCCAUCCAGGACGUCCCACAGUUACUCUGGAGCAUCAAGCCUUUCACCACCUGCCAGGAGUUCUCCUUUUCUCAGGUGUGGGCCAGUAACCAGCGUCCCCUGCAGUGUGCCUUCUCUUUGGAGCGAUACAGCCACUCCUCCUCUCAGCUCUCCUGCAAGAUCGGCAUCCGACAGGUCAAAGGCGAGGAGCAGAUACUCCAGGUGUAUACAUCUGUGGUGGAGAAUGAAAAGGGAGUAGUUCCCUUUUUCACACAGUCAGACUGUACCAUCACCUCUCAGACAGGGUCAAGGGCCUUUAAAAUCCCCCUGUCCAUCCGUCAGCGGAUCAGCGCCACCUUUGACACAGCUAACGCCAAGGGGAAGGACUGGCAGCUCUUGGCUCAAAAGCUCCACAUAGACAGGAACCUGUGCUACUUUGCAUGUCAGGAGAGCCCAUCGUCAGUGAUUCUGAGUCUGUGGGAGGCACAGCACCAGGACACAGGGGACCUGGACUCUCUGGCCAGUGCCCUCGAAGAAAUCGGUAAGGUCCAGUCCCCCAGGACCGCCACUCUUGGCUGCAACAGAGAAGAACGGGACUCAGAAUUCACUAAACUUGGGUAGGGCGGGUCUACAACAGAUCAAAAUAAUGAUGAACCUUUACUGCAUGAACACUGAUGAUCAGGUGUACUAGCUAACCUAUGAUGAGGAGGAUGAGGAGGCGCAAAGAGGACAGCAGGGAAGCUCAGUUUUGGACUGUUACUAAAGGAACACCUCUGCUAAACCAAAUAGCACAUACAGACAGACGGGAAUCAAGGAACAACCAAGAGAGAGAGAGAGAGAGGAGGAAAUGAAUGGGGAAGUGUCUGUGUUACUGAGAGGCACUGACAGGACAUUUUAGAAAGGGAUGUAAGAAUCCCACACCCAUUUUUGAUUGAGAAAUGUCAACUCCUGACAGGUUUGAUAACCUGUAUUCAAGGAUUAUGGAUAUCUGUGUGAGGAGGACUCUCCGCGUAGGAUGGAGUGCGUUUUAGACAGACUGCCAGUCAGGCUGGUGUUGUGACCUUCCCAGGAUUGGAUGUGCUGGCACUUGCCCUCAAACAGUCUUCUGGGCUGUCAAAAUGUUUAGUGUAAUGUCAUUAUGUUGUCAUUCAUUUUCCAAGAUCUAUUAAUGCUCCUUUUUCUUUUCUGCAGCGUGUCUCUAAUGUUAGUGCUGGAGUUAAAGGAGAAAACUGAGGGAAUAUUGGAUAUUAAUUUUGUCAGAACUUUAGUCGGAGACACUGUUCAGCAUUUAGAAGGAUGUGAUGUCCACCUGCUAAAAGAUGUAAGGCUGUAUUAGAGAUAACUCUUUGGAUCACAUGGAAAAUAAUCAUUUUUAAACAUCCACAUGUAAAACACUUUCAACCCUACUUGCAGAACACGUUGUCAAAGCAAAGGCUGCAGAAGAGGGUAAGUUACCCCACUGAUGAUUUUCUGCUUAUUCUGAAGGAAAAUAAAUGUCUCUCUGUGUGAUAAGUGAUUUCAUACCAGACAGAUAGUGGGAACAUUACAUACUCUGCAAAGUGCUGGCAUUGGUUAACUGGUGUGUUCUUUCAAGACCCUCGCUCUAGGACUUCUUUUUUUAUUUUUUUGACUUUUGAAUUUUAAAUUUUGACUUUUGAAGUGUGGCUUGAUUUGAGCUGCCCUUUUUUGGGUCAUCUGGAUCACUCUUGGAUAUCAUUAUUUGGAGACAAGUAGCCAACUCUCACUCCCACUCCUCUGUCUUCUCUUCCCCUGGCAGAGUUGCUCCACCUGCCCCUAAACAUGAUAAAGUGAUUUCGUGUUGAA